AUGGAUUUGUGGAGGCAAAACUUCAUUUCUAAAAACUACGAUUAUGUGUUGAUUGAUGAAAGAUUGAAACUACUAAAACAGGCAAGACAAAAUGAAGACAGUCAGUUGAUAAUGUCAUUAUUACGAAGUGGACUCAUUCGGAAUUUUGGAGGUAUAGCCCAAAAGAGGCUAUACUUGAAGAGUUAUAUGGGUACGAAAUUUAAAAUAGAGGAAUACUUGAAUGAAGUAUUGAACUGUUUGGAUUACCUUAGUGAAGCCUUGAAUAAUGACAACGAUCAAUUUAUCAUGAAUAGUAAACAAUUGAAGUUGGAUUUUUUUCAUGAUGCUCGACAAUCGUUUGGACGUACUGCUUUGUUAUUGCAAGGUGGUUCUUUAUUUGGGUUGUGUCAUUUGGGUGUUGUAAAAGCAUUAUAUUUCAAGGGCUUAUUACCUCGAUUAAUUGGUGGUAGUGCAGUUGGAGCUGCUGUGGCUUCAUUAGUCUGUACUUUAACUGAUAAAGAGUUGAUUCCUAUAUUGGCAAAUAUUGGUGACUUGAUGAAAAACAUUGAUUUGUUAAACCAUGAAAUUGAUGAGAGAUACGGAAAUGUUGUUGAAAAUGUUGUCAAAAAGGGUUAUUCACAAGAUAUUCUUUUGUUUCUUAAGUUUGUACGUGAUACCAUUGGUGAUUUAACUUUUGAAGAAGCAUAUAUGAAAACAGAAAAGAUUUUGAAUAUUGUUGUUCACCCAACUAAUCAAUGUGUUCCUUCUUUGCUCAACUAUAUAACCACUCCGAAUAUUAUCAUUUGGACAGCGAUUUACGCAUCUAUUGGGACUGGUGUUUUGUCAGAUGAUGUUGCCCUUUAUGUUAAAGAUUUCAAUAAUGAAAUUGUCUUGCAAAACCCUGAUAUCGAAGUAAAAUUCCUUAAACCUCAGGAUGUUACGUAUCACCAACAAUACUUCAAAUCUAAAACCAAAGGAAGUACAACAACUAAUCAUGAGGGUGAAAAGGUAACCAUGUUUUUACAACAACAACAGUCACCAUACACAAAAUUGACAGAAUUAUUUAAUGUUAAUCACUUUGUCAUCAGUUUAGCCAGGCCAUAUUUAGCACCUUUAAUAAGCAAUGAUUUGAAACACUAUCAUUCAUACGGAAAGAUUAAGUAUGAUACAACAAAAAAAGUUAGAACAUCCUCAGGAGGAGAAAUCAGUAAAAAAGAUAUUGAAAAAUACGCCAAGGACACCAGCUAUAACUUGAUGAAGAGAAUAAAGACGAUUAUAGGUUUAGAAAUUCAACAUAGAUUAAUGGUAUUGAAUAAGUUUGGAAUGUUGCCUGAUCUCAUGAAACGUUUUUUCAUUGAUGAAAAACCAUCAACAUUGCAAUCAUUAAGUUCAAUUAGAGAAGUCACGAUAGUUCCUGAAUUGAGAUAUUUGAUGCAGGAUUUUGGUAGAGUAUUUGAUGUACAUAAGACUUUUGAAAAUAUACCUUAUUGGGUGUUAGUUGGAGAAAGAUCAGUUUGGCCAUUAUUCCCAUUAUUAUGGACUAGAUGUGCAAUUGAAUUUGCAUUAGAUGAUUUAUACAACAUACAUAGAAAAAGAAAUUAA